AUGGCCGUGAAGCUCCUCUUGCCCUUCCUCCUCGCCGCGACCCUUCUCUCGGGGGCGGCGGUGGAUGCCCACAACAUCUCCACCAUCCUCGAAGCCUUCCCGGAGUACAGCGUCUACAAUGGGUACCUCUCCCAGACGAAGGUGGCGGACGAGAUUAACUCCCGGGAGACGGUCACCGUCCUCGUCCUCACCAACGACGUCAUGACCACCCUCGCCGGCAAGAGGUCCUCGCCGCCGUCAAGGCCGCCCUCCGCCUGCUCACGGUCCUCGACUACUACGACGCCAAGAAGCUCCACGACCUCUCGGAGGGUUCGGUUCUGACGACGACGCUGCUCCAGACCACUGGCGCCGCCCCCGGCAACCUGGGAUUCAUCAACAUUACUGAUCUCGCGGGGAAGGUCGCCAUGGGGUCCACCUCGCCGGGGUCGAAGCUCGACUCCCACUACACCAGGUCCGUCAAGCAGAUCCCUACAGUAUCUCCGUGCUGGAAAUCAGCGCCCCCGUCAUCUUCCCAGGGCUCCUCGAAGCUCCUACCAGGACAGCCAACCUGA